AUUCUUGCCCCCACUGGCUGCACCCCCCAAUUCUGCGUUGCAGGUCGUAUGAUCCGCCCUCUCGACCCACGAGUAGGUGAGAACCGUUCAAUUGAAGUCAUAAAACAAGAAGCAGAAGCUUUUCUUAAAGAAAUGCUUUCUGAAGGCCUCUUCGAUUCCUCCGAAGUUUUCGAACAGAGACUCAAGGAGGUCAUCAAACAGAUUGAGGGAAACAGCGUUAAAUGUAUGGUGUGGGGAGAUAGUGCCGGAGAUGAUGGAGUACAGAGAAGAAAAGUACAAGGAGUGAGCAGCAACGGAUAUGUUCAAACGAAAGAAGAGAUGGAGUGGGGAGUCAGAAUUGCGUGGAGGAAUUCGAGGAAAUGCAUUAUGCGAGCUCACUGCUGGGACUUGAAAUGUCUCGACUUGAGAGACAUCAAGACAAGCAAGGGAAUGCUGGACGCGAUCAUUAAGCAUUGUCCCACUACAUACAAUCGCGGCAGGAUUGUACCCACUGUCUUCAUCUUCCCUGGACGUCGUGUUGACUGCAGUGGACCCAUGUUCUGGUCACAGCAGUUUUUGAAUUUCGCAGGAUAUGAGCUUUCACCUGGCGAAGUACUAGGCGAUCCAGCUCAAGUACAGCUGACGAAAGACAUCAUCGCGUUGGGUUGGCAACCACCAACUCCCAAGACAAGAUGGGACAUUCUCCCUCUCGUUGCCAUGGCCGAGGGCGACGAGCCUGAGUUCGCAACACUGCCGCCUGAACUCACACGACCGGUCUCGAUUACCCACCCACAGUACCCCAAGGUCGCAGAUUUAGAUCUGAGGUGGGGAAAAUUUCCGGCCUUAAGUCGACUCGGUUUUGAUAUCGGAGGAGUUCAGUACACUGCUUCUCCCUUCAUCGGAUGGUUUAUGGAUGCAGAAAUAGGAGUCAGAAAUUUGGCCGAUACAUUCAGGUACAAUGUCCUGCCAGAAGUUGCGAAAGCCAUAGGUUGGAGCAGUCCCAGCCACACAUUUGGCGAGCUGCCAGACCACGAGCGGCUUCUGUGGUUGUCAAGGGCUCAAGCAGAGUUGAACUAUGCAGUGUAUUGCUCAUUCCAGAAAGCUGGUGUAACUUGCACAAGUAGUCUCACGGCUUCGCAUUCCUGGACCACGUUCGACGAUCAACAUUUGAGGGAGAAAGGAUACAGACUCAACGCGGAUCCUUAUUGGAUCUCUCCGCCACAAGGCAGUGUGGUGCCCCUAUGGCACCGAGGUGGCGCACCGAAUUACCAACCAAAACCGUUGAUUGCGAGGCAUAGGUGCGAUCCGGUCCGAGUCUGGAAGAGACGAUAUAACGCACUUACACGAGUAGAAGGACAACUCGACAAUGCAGACUAUGACGAAGAUAGACCUGCAGGUCCUCAAUCGGAGGUACACAUCUUCUAUUGUGGAACAAACGGUACGGCUGCAAAGUUGGCAGAGAGCUUGCGAAUAUUCAUGGCAAAGAAGUCGUCGAGGAUAGUCGGUGAAUUUGGAACCUUGAAUUCCUUCGAUCCCUGCAAAAUAUACCCAGGUGACACAGCCCUGUUCAUUGUUUCGACGACUGGAACGGGCGAGAUCCCUUCCAACGGCCAACAAUUCGUCAAGAAGAUGAAUGUCGAACUGGCUUUCCCCUUGUUGAAGUUCUCCAUACUUGGAAUCGGUGAUAGUGGCUACCAUGGAACCUUCAACUGGGCAUGCAAAUCUGUUCAACGAAUACUCAAAGAGAAACAACUCAAGCCGCUGAUGUUGGAUUGCGUAACAGAAAGCGAUGUUUCUGUGGAGAACCCUCCCUGGACCGACUUCCGAGUGUGGUGCAGUCGUAUUGAGCGGGCGCUGGACGGUGAGACUGAAGAAGGAAGCCUCGAGCCCGGCAAGCCGGACCACAUCGACAAUUUAUAUGAGAAACAAUACAGCAUUCUGAAGGCAUACAAAGAGGCUACCAUGCGAUUCGAUCCUUUCAUCCACAGGCCAGGUGAGAUUUUGAAGUUGUCGUUGGAGAUCCCAGAGUCCGAUUAUGAACCGAUGGGUCACAUCCGUCUUCUCCCUCGAAAUUCUGAAGUGGCAGCUCAAAGAGCAAUGAAAUUGCUCGAAAUCGACGACAACCAAACUAUCGGCACGGUUGCCAAGGAGAAUCCGGCGUAUCCGAGCCAAAUUCAGGAUCAGAGACAAGUGCAGUUACUUGCAGUUCCGAUCCGUCAGUUCUUGAAGGACUUCGUUGACCUACACAGCCCAUUUCUCUCUAUGGAUUGGGCACAAAAUCUGUCGAACGUCAAAAAUGGGCCCGCUCUUCAAGUUCUCGAACACUUAUCUCGGUCACUUCAGCACCUAUCGCCAUCGAUCUCACCAAUGGAACUCCUGCUCUCGUUGACCCCGCUCCGUCCACGAAGCUAUUCCAUCGCCUCAUCUUCUGAAUAUACCGUUGAUUCCGAUACGAGCGCCGUAGUGACUACGCUUGACGUCUUCGUCCGUAUCAUCCCUAACGGACGAUUCAGCCACCACUGUUUAUCUGAGGUGGGGAACGGAGGUAAAAUCCUCUAUAAAUUGACCCCAAACAACAUCUGCCCUCCUCUCCUGAAAUUGAAUGGUAAACCUUUAGUGGCAGUUGCUUGCGGAACGGGAAUUGCGCCUGUCCGCUCUCUGCUUCAACAUCUCAUCCACGCUAAUAUUACGGAGUCGAAGAUCAGCGUUUUCAUAGGCUUCAGACCUGAUGACAGCAGCACUGAGCUGUUCAUCGAGAUCGUUGAGCAAGCAUUGGAGAAAGGAAUUUUGGAUAUCUUGGACGUUGUUCCGAGUAACAAAGAGAAGGUGAGAGUUCAGGACCAUUUUGGAGACUGCAAGGAAGCUUUGAGGAGAAAAUUGGGGGAGGAAGCAGGAUACUUCUACGUUUGUGGCAAUGCGGUGGUUGUAGGAGUGGUGAAGGACAGAUUGAAGGGUGUUUUGGGACCGGAGAUAUGGACAAGAGUCCAAGAGAGGAUUUUGGAGGAGACCUUUUAG